UAUUUCUUCUUAGCCUCUCGCCGUUCGGAAGUCUUUUUAAGUAUGGCCAUGUUAUGUGGCGUAUCGGCAACUUCUAGAUACGCAAAAUUUGCUUUAAAAUGCGGUUAUAGAUAUAAUUACACGAUUCUAAGAUGUAAAUCAAGUUCGGCGACCGUUGUAACAUCAGAAACUACAGUUGUUUCUUCGCAGACGGAAAGAAUCAGGCAACCAGAUCCACUGGACCUGACAUUUGAAGACACCAAGUCGGCCUACAAGAGUAAAACAACAUGGGAGUUAUUCAGAGCAUUUUUGGUUUUAAAGUUAACUAAAUAUGAUUAUUUAGUGGAAAAUCAUCAAAAGUUGUUAAAAUUGGGAAGAAAAAUCUUGGGACCAAAACUCUUCAGACUUCUUAUGAAACACACAUUUUAUGGUCAUUUUGUGGCAGGAGAAGAUUCUCAAAAAAUCAGACCAAUUAUUGAACGACUUCAUUCGUUUGGUGUCAAAUCAAUAUUAGAUUAUAGUGCUGAAGAAGAUAUAAGUGAAGAGGAAGCUAAAGAAGCAGAAAUGAAAGGUUGUAUAUCUGCUGCUGAUGAUGACCAAGAAGGGAAGCUAAAACAGUAUCGACCAUACAAGGAGUUUGCUGACAGAAGAAAAUAUCAUGUUACUGCAAGAACAUAUUUUUACUUAAGUGAAGCACAGUGUGAAAAAAACAUGGAAACAUUCCUUAAAUGCAUAGAUGCUGUAGCAGGUACUACAAAAGGUACAGGCUUUGCAGCUAUAAAAAUGACAGCUUUGGGCAGACCUCAGUUGCUGCUUCAGUUAUCUGAGGUCAUUGUUAAAACACGAAAAUUUUUCAAGGAAGUUACAGGAACUGAAAAGCAUAUGGCUUUAGCCAAUGUAACCCCUUCAGUAAUUGAACAUAAAUUGGAAGAUUUUAAUAUUAAUACAAAUCGUGACGAAGUUAAGGAAUGGUUGGAACAUAUGGAUUAUGAUCGGAAAGGAUUAAUGAAUUUAUUUUCAUGGAGUGGAUUAGUUGACAUGAACUACCUUAUAUCUGAAUUAUUUAUAGUGCCAAACAUAAAGUCAGGUAGAAUGGAAUCAAUCAUCUCUCCAUUAACUGAAGAAGAAGAAGAAAUGUUCAAAAAUAUGAUGAGACGUUUACAUCACAUUGCAAAGGUAAUUACAAAAAUUAUAAAUUUUAACUAUUUAUAUAUCUACCUUCAGGAAGCAUAUAACAAUCUUGUUCUUGAUAUGGAACUUGCUAAAAGACAGAAUGUUUAUUUUGGUGCAAAACUAGUCAGAGGUGCUUAUAUGGAGCAGGAAAGGUUGAGAGCAAAACAAAUUGGAUAUGAAGAUCCAAUUAAUCCAUCAUAUGAAGUAACAAGUGACAUGUAUCACAAAGCAUUAACUGAGGCCAUGAGACAGAUUAUUAAUGGAGGAGAUCGUAAAGUUGCUGUAAUGGUGGCAUCUCAUAAUGAAGAUACUGUUCGGUUUACUGUUAAUAAAAUGAAAGAACUAGGAAUCAAGCCAGAACAUAAAGUUAUUUGUUUCGGACAGUUAUAUGGAAUGUGUGAUCAAGUCAGCUUUCUGUUAGGACAAGGUGGUUAUUCCGUUUACAAAUAUGUACCAUAUGGACCAGUGGAUGAAGUUUUGCCUUAUUUAUCAAGACGAGCCUUAGAAAAUAAUGGAUUACUGAAAAAAGUGGAUCGUGAAUGUAUAUUAUUAGGUAGAGAACUGAAACGCCGCAUUUUAACUGGACAAUUUCUGUACACGCCAAAAGGAGAUUACACAGUUGUGUGAAUACAAAACUUUUUGAUUCCUAAGUUGUAAGAAAAUAUUGUGAAAGGUAUUUUUGUCUGCUUGAAUUGAAUUUUCCACAAUUCACAGAAUUUUUCCUUUCUUGUAAAUUAGCACAAAACAAAAAUAAUAGUCAUUUUUAAUUACUGAAAAGUAAUUUGUAUAUACCAUUUUGUAACUUUGUAUCAUUUCUCUAUUUUUUUCAAAAAUAAGAAUUAAUACAAAGACUCUCAACGUAUGUGUUGUACAUGUUUGAAGAAUCUCCAGAUUGUUUUUAAAUUAAAAUAUAAUCAUUGUCAAAUAAAUUCAAUUGACAGUUAAUUGUUUUUAGAUUACUUCUUCAUAGCUUU